AUGCCGGUCUCAAUCACUGAAUGUCUUUCAGCAUCCCUCGUGCAAUGGCUCAAAACUGGCCACCAAGUUGACGCUGGUGUGUGGCCCGAACACAAACCAGACAUGGCAAGGCUGUUGUACGAUGACCUGGCAACUUGGUGUUCUGAUCUGAAAAAGAUUGUUAUCGCUAUUGCACCUUCUGCAUAUGGCCUUGUCCCACCAGCUGACAUCCCUGUUCAAGAGCGCGCAGCUUGGGUCGAAGAUGCCACUGCUAAAUUAUUGGACGAUGGCAAGUUUCUGCGCUUUGGACUGGACGAUUUAGGGAAAACCAGGAAUUUUGCUCACCCUGCGCUUCUUGAAGCCAUCAUUUUAUUCAUCUAUACUGGAACUUAUCGCAUUGCUCGUAGGCGACCAGCUAUUUUUCAAAAAGAGUUCCAUUGCAUCCUCCAAGGACUGGCAAAACAUGGCAAUGGCAAGCUUUAUCCAAAGUUUACUGCCAAGGAGUACGAGUCUGUUUAUAUGGCAAUGCUAGGGCUACUCAAGGCUGUCAAGAAUGACCCUUAUCACGGUCCCAGGCUGAUGCAACAGCUUGGUGAAUGGGCUCGAGCUGGAUGGGCGGAGGCAUCUAAACUAGACGCUGUUGACACAUCGAGGCACCACCGCCUACGGGUGCAGCUUGACUGA